CUUGACAUUAACAGAUCGAAGAACUUAAAUUUUGUCGGAUUACUCUCCUUCCUUGGGCUUGGCUCGUUAAGAAAAUCGAUGUGUCCUUUUAGUGGCGUGCGUUCAUCGGGGCUAACUUGGUAUCGCGUUGAGCAGCUGUCAGCCGGGGCCGGCAUGCGUAGCAAGCCCAACCGGUAGGGCAGCGGCUACCAAGUAUGCAAGCGUAAACAAAAGAUGCUUUGUAUAUGUUUUCACAGAGAAGCCCUUCAAAUGUUCAUACGGGGUCGAAGUCAUGAUUCCACUGUUCCUGUUCUGCGUUUCGUAAUCUUGACUCUCUCCUGGUGACCCCUAGCGUGGUUGUGUCUUGUCAUAACAACGCUGCUAUACUUGCGCCUCUGUCUUCUCCAAAGAAACACCGUGAAAUCUUCUCUUGCGCUCCUUCCGAGCGAAAUCUUUCUCCCAGAAGAACUCCUAUGGGCGAGGACGUUGCCAUGAAAUUUGUACUAGCCAGUUCGUUUCGUAGUGAGCAGCCGGCGACGGGAGUGCCUCCUGCGGGGCCCGGUGCGCGUGGCGGACUUAUUUGACGGUGCGAGAAAAACCGUCUGCUUUUGAACCAGCUUCGCGAUGUGGAUAGACCUUCACAGCUGUUGAGUUCUCCAAGCUAGAAGCGUCUUUUUCGAGGAGGGGAAAUAGCUCCCUCGUCGCCAUGGGGCUGUCUGGGGGAGGCGGGGCACCCACCCCCCUAUGGCAGGGCGGAGCUGUUCACAACGUGCUGGCAUUGGGUGAGGAAGACCAGCAUGAUAAGAGCGUCCGUAGAAAAAGAAGGGCGGAGAGUCCCCGCAUUCGGCAGUUGCGUCGUCACCAGAAGCAGCAGGACUACUCCAUGGUCCAGCAAUCCGCGGUGUUCGACCCUCAACACGUUCAGGAACUGAACGCAGCCAUGUCCGUUUCCACCGUCGGCAUUGCUGAUCGCAAGAUCCACGCGCUGUCGACCUUGUGGAAGGCGCUGGAGAGCUACGCUAAACGGGUUCCAAGAGCUAAACUGAUUCAGAAGCUCCUGAACAACGGAGCACCUCAAACUGCGGGCGUGGCACCUUCAGAUCGUGGAAGCUUAGCUCGUCCCUCCAACAGUUUUCUAACGUCGAAAGUGGGGGAAUUAAAGUCUCCGAGAGGUGAUGGCAUGCUUGCACACGCUCACUUCUCGGGUGGCGCGAGUGGAACAUCUAAUUCUUUGGCGGUCAGGGACUCCGAGACCCACGGACUGGCCGCUGGUAAAGGUGCAGGCGCCGGCACAGUAGCGAUUGAAAUGGCCGAGCAUCUGGGACAGAAUUUCGUGCCGAUACAGUAUGGAGCGAGCGGCAAUUUCUUCAGCUCUCGCGUGAGGAGGCCACGAUAUGGUCGUGCUGAGAGGGUAACCAGCCACCGCACAUGGGUGGACCAGACCGCGGCCGAUUCUAGCCCUCAAAGGCUAGCCUCAAAUCCGAGUAGAUCCCUUAUGCCUUCCAGCGGGACACUCAGCGGUCUGACACUCACCGCUCUCAUCUCAAAGAACAACUUAUGGUGGGCAGGCAUAAUUUGUGCUGCCGUAGCCGCGCUGGCGGGGGCUCUGGGAGACUGCGUCCUUCGGUAUUCCUUCGUGAAGGAAAGAGAAGCGCGGGAAUCUACCCAAGCAGAUGCGGCAAAUCAAGGCGUUCCGCGGCCUCUUCAUAUGAGACCUCUCUGGAUCGUUGGAAUGUUUCUGAGCGUCGUGAUCAAUCCUUUUCUGACACUCGUAUCCUACCGAUUUGCGGCCGUGUCAGUCGUCGCGAUGUUCGGAGGGCUCCACACUCUCGGGUCUCUCGUUUUUGCGCGGAUCCUUCUGUCGGAGAAACUAGGUUGGCGGGAUGUCGUUGGCGGACUGUUGAUUGUCAGCGGCAUCACGGAAGUGGUUAUUUUCGGUCACAACACGACUGACAUCAAGGAAUUCACUGUAAACGGAGUCGCGUUCAUCGUUUUCUGUAGUGUGACCUUCGCCGCUAUCUUGCUUGCUGCCGUCGUUUCCCAUAAGAUGGUUUAUUCUACAAAACUUCCGCUCAUAGCAGUAUCCAUGUGUACUGCUUUGUUGCCUGGACUCUUUGGCGCAAUAUCUAAUGUUUGUGGAAAAGGUGCAGUUGUUUUGUGGACGGAUGCGUUCCAGGACACGAAACUUUGGACCCUACCUUACACUUGGAUCUUCGCUGCCUUUGCUGCAGCAGCCGCCCUGGGGCAGGUUGUGUAUCUGUCAUUCAGUUUAUCCAGAUACCCUGCCUCAUUCGUCGGCCCCGUCUACAAUGGCAUUCUUAUCUGCAUGAACAGCGUUGGCGGCAUUUGGGUUUUCUCGGAAUAUACAAAUUCGUUGCCGCUAUUUCUGCUUGGGGUGGCGAGUACUUCGGCGGGAAUCUUGAUCUCUGCUCAUAGCCAAGUAAUGAAGCAAAACGCAACGGAACCUCCAGUCGAAGGCCGUGAAGCAUCACUUCUCAUAGAGAGCGACGAAGAAAAUCUUCAGCUGGCUCCAGAUGAAAUGGAGUACUAAAAAUAACGCUAUGACGGCGAAAUAUGAGUGUCAUAAGCCUACAGCAGGCGCGGGACUCCUCUGUACGGUUUCGAACCCUCAAAAACCGUUAUAUACAGGAAGUUGAUCCGCCCGUGGCAUAUCCAUUGCAGAAGCCGCUGCGGUCUCACUCAUGCUACGAGUUUAUUUGGAAAAAGGUGUGGCAUAUUGUCAGCCAAAGCUUUAUGUGCCUACAUUAGGGGUCCUGACGGACUAGUUUCUUCUCUUUGUCUCCAGCUCGACCGGCUUGUCUGCUGUUUUUGUUUGAAGCCUUCCUCUUGUACAGACAGGGCGCAUGACUCCACGCCGUGCGAUGUGCCGGUGUUUUGCAACUUGUUAAGUUGCCUCGUCUUUUAAAAGGUUUUUAUCUCA